AUGGUGAUUCAAUACCAAGGGGCUGAGGUCCCCAUCUCAUUCGCAUCAUGCAGCAUCCCCAUGAAGAUCAAAGCAAGUCUCCCCAACAAAUUCAACGCAAUCCGAAAUGCUGGCUUUGACGGAAUUGAGCUGUCCAUGCCUGAUAUAAUCAGCUACGGGGAACUACUGAAUGGUUCUUCGCCGAAAGAGGAUGAUUACGAUACCCUCGCCGAUGUGGCGAAGCAGAUCAAAUCAUUGACGGAUGAUCUCGGAUUGAAGAUCAUGAUGCUGCAGCCUUUUGCCAACUUUGAAGGUUGGAAGAAGGGCACGCAUGACAAACAGAGACAACAAGCUUUUGAUAAAGCCAGAGGAUGGAUUAAAGUCAUGGAGGCUGCCGGCAUAACUCUCCUCCAGGUCGGCUCAUCCGAUUCUGAAGGCAUCUCGUCUUCUUUCGACGACCUAGCCUCCGACCUUGCAGAAUUGGCAGACCUUCUCGCCGAAAAGAACUUUAGCAUCGCCUACGAAAACUGGUGUUGGGCGACCCACGCUCCAACAUGGAAGACAGUCUGGCAAAUCGUCCAAAAGGCCGAUAGGCCCAACAUCGGUCUCUGUCUCGAUACCUUCCAGACAGCCGGAUACGAAUGGGGUGACCCCACCACAAACGACGGUCUCACUCCAGCAAGUAGCUCCGAAGAGCGCCAGAAGCGAUGGGAAGCUAGCCUCCAAGAGUUAGCCGAGACCGUCCCGGCGGAUAAGAUUUAUCUCCUUCAAAUCUCAGACGCGUACAAGAUGGAUCCUCCAAUUGAAAACGUCAAGGAUGAGGAUGGAAGUAGACCUCGAGCCAGAUGGAGCCAUGAUUACAGGCCGUUGCCUUGUGAUGGUGGAUAUUUGCCGGUACAGGACAUGAUGGCUGCUGUGCUCAAGACUGGGUUCAGGAGUUGGUUGAGUGUCGAGGUAUUUGAUGGGCUUGAGGGUGAACACACGGAUAUGAAUGAGUAUACUCAGGCAGCUGUUGAGUCGGUCAAGAAGUUGAUCGACUUCAGUGCUCAGGGUACCAGACAAAAUGCGCUGGAAUCAUAA